CGACCUUGACACAGGUAGAGCCCUAUCUGUGCACGUGCCUGAAGUGGGACAUUAUUCAAGCUGGUGAAUAGGCUAAUAGUGUUAUUGAUAUGCUCUGCUCGUCCCCGUUAUUUCACUUUUACCCAGCCGCGUGCAUGUGAAGUCACUUAUGUUGAAGAGGACAGUGCCGUUUCCGAUUGUGAUGAGGUGGACUCUCGCUCUCUCUCUCUCACACACACAUAGUAACCUACACCCACUCACAGCACGCGCCCCGCGCACCGCUCCGCGCACUGCUCAUCUAUACACUCGCAUGCAGAACGCGCGCAUCGCUGUGCUACUGUCUUGCAAAAGGCAAUAGGUGCGUAUCCUAAAAGGUGCUGUUUUGUUUGUUUUUACUGUUCUCAGCAAACGCCUUAUUCUGACAUCUUCUAGAGAGUUUGGCAGCACCUGCUCCUGUUUCUGGGGUCAACAAUUGCAAAGGAGACUUCUGAGAAAUAGUGACAGACAGAGUGAGGAUGUGUGGGGUGGACUUGGAUCUGGAUGAGGGGGGCUCAGGUGAUGAGGAGAAGGAGCAGGAGGAGUUCUGGGUGGGUGAGAGGGUGAAGAUGCUGCCUCCUCCCACGGCCCACAGUGAGGGCAGCGCAUGGGGUAGCCGCCGGGGCAGUUGUGGCUGUGUGGCGUGCGGGGCGGGGAUGCUGCUGUGGAAUGUGGGUUUGGCCUUGGUGUGUGUCCUGGUCCUGGUGGCCGUGUUUGCCCUGGUCCUGCUGCCCGCCUCACUGCUGCUCUACGCCGGCUUCCUCUGCCACUCACGGGUCCUAGAUUCCCCCUCUCCUAUCUGCCGUUACCUCGACGACAACAGUUGCUCUGCCCUCAUCAUCCUGGGCUUUGUGAUGAUGUCACCGCUGGUGGUGGUGGCGGCGGCCAUCUUCUGCGGGCUGCUCCGGAGGCUGCGACUCCUGCUGCUGUUUCAGCCAAUAACAGGCGCAUGGUACCGUGGACGGGGCUUGGACUGGGGGGGCGAUGUCCGUGCCUGGGUCUGAUUGGACCAACGCUAAAAUAAACCAGUAUUCAAAGAGUUCAAUAGGUUAACAGUCAAGAGAGAAUCGAGUCCUGGAGAAUCGCGGUGUCAAUCUAUUUAGUGUCCUAUUAAACUGUAAUGAAUGUCAUACAAUCAAAUGGAUACAAUGUGAACCAGUCCAAUUGUUUAAAGACAGAGCUUUACAUGUGGCUAUAGGGCUGUUGCUGGUCAGAAGGAAACAGUGGAGGUAAAGGUGGGAUAUACUAGCAGCUCUUCUCUGUGAUUUGUGUUGGUUAAGUAUAUUGAUCUAUUUUCAAUUAUCUGCUAACUUAUAUGGUUGUGAAUCUUGAUGUAGCAGAAAAACGACAGAGUAUUGUAUAAACUGUCACUCAAAUGUCUAGAAUGGAAGGAAAAUAUGUUUACAAGCUUACUUAUUUAGCAGAUUUUGUUCAUUCUAUUGAUUUCAUUAUAUUCACCAUCUUGUAAAAGUGCCAUGUAAGCUACCUCAAUGUAAGUAUAGUUCAUAAAAGUAGCCUAGGUUGCUCUACAUCAGUCAUGUGUGAACGGGAUGAGACAGAAUUGUAGCCUUUUCUUUUUCUGUUGUGUUUGCUUUCAGUUUUUUUGUUUUGUUUAGUAUAUUGGCAUAUUUACUUGCUAAAAAUCCUUCUGAUGUGUUUAAACAGAGCUGUCAUUACUAAUUUUGUACUUAUCAGAUCCUACCAACGUUACAUUUCUAUGUACCUAGUAAUUGACUUAUAUGUAAACACAUUACUGGUAAUUCACCUUAAUUGCGGCCACCGUAAAAGGAAUUGGAGCUGAAA